AUGUCUGCAGGCGGUCGGCGAGCCGUCGCCCCCUUGGGUACCUGCGAGACUGGAGGCAGUGGGCGGGCAAGGUCAGCUCCGUCCCCGGAGAGGGGCGCAGAAGUGCGCGGUCCGGAGGAUCCGAUCUGCCGGGGUAUAUUUAAGGUCGAGAAAAGAAGCUGCGACGUCGUCUUGACAUCGAGCAGAUUGACAUGGACGCCGAUUGAGCCGGAGAGCCCGACAGGUGGGUCAUUGUUCCACAAUCAAAAAACGGAAUUUGUGGAGUUGAAAGAAGUAUUUGGUGUCAAGAUGAAACGUCGACGCUCUGCAAGACAGCAAAAGGGAGGAACUUUGUUAGGAAUCGCAAUCUUUGUGUGUAUUAAAAAGGGACAAAAUAAGCUCAAAAAUCGUGCUAUUCAUCUAAGCAAUUUAAGUGAAGACUACUGCAAUGUUUGGUUUAAAUAUAUGAAAGAUAUUCUGAAUGAACAUUUUCCAAACAGACCAAAGUACCUGAAAGUUGUUAUUAACCCAUACAGUCACAAAACGGAAGCUAAACAAGUCUACGAUGAACAAGUUGCACCUCUUUUCAAGUUGGCUGACAUCAAGACUGAUAUCAGUAUUACAGAGCAUGAAGGACAUGCUUUUUCAGUUCUCAUGGAAUGUGAUAUUCAAGAGUUUGAUGGUCUUGUGUGUGUGGGUGGUGAUGGGACUGCAAGUGAAGUGGCUCAUGGGUUACUCCUCCGAGCCCAGAUUGAUGCUGGGAGGGACAUCGAUUCCAACUUCACGCCUGUCAGAGCACCACUUCCUCUCGGCAUAAUACCAGCAGGUUCCACAAAUAUCUUGGCAUUUUCUGUACAUGGAAUUAAACAUCCUGGUACUGCAGCAAUGCAUAUCAUUAUGGGUAACUUCCAAAAAGUAGAUGUUUGUACCUUUUGUAGUCACAACAGGCUACUUCAAUUUGGUUUCACAGCUAUGCUUGGCUUUGGUGGAAGAACCCUGGCCUUAGCAGAAAAGCAUCGUUGGAUGCCUUCCAGCCAGCGGAGAGAGUUUGCUGUUAUCAAAACACUGACAAAUCUUAAGCCUGAGAAUUGUGAACUAUCCUUUCUACCAUCAGAAAAUUCGAAGAAAAAAAAUAGAGAAAAAAGUUAGCUAAAUGCAUCCAAAUGCUCUCCCCCAAGUGGAGAUAAUGAAGAUAAAUGGGAAACCAUACAGGGACACUUCCUCAAUAUUAGCAUCAUGGCUAUUCCAUGUGUCUGUUCUAUGGCACCCAGAGGCCUAGCACCCAAUACCAGUUUGGAUAAUGGAAGCAUGUCACUUAUUGCUGUCCAAAAUUGUUCACGAGCAGACUUCAUAAAACAUCUAAAACGAUACGGUAACUUAAAGAACCAGUUUGAUUUCCCCUUUGUGCAGACAUAUACAGUCCAGGAAGUUAAAAUACGUACAGGAAUCAAACACAGAUGGACAGACACAACCUCUGACAAAAAUGCUGAUUUUCAUUCAAGUCAUUCCUCUGUGAUUUCUCUCAAGGAAAACUGUCCAUGGAAUGUUGAUGGCAACUUAUUGGAGGGAACUUCAGAAGUUAAUAUAAAGAUCCACUCACAGCUAAUUACUCUGUACGGAAGGAAUAUUGAAGAAUGUGAUGAUGUUACAGUAAAGUGCAGCUGUCUAUAG